CUUCCUCCUUCUUCAUCAUCAUCUUAUUCUUCUUAACCAUUAUCUUCUUCGUUUUUAUCAUUGGCAUACUUUCAACACAUGAUUGUGCUUCUGUGUUCAAGGCCUGAAAAGAUAAAUAUGAAUUUAGAUUCCAUUCAUCGGUUAAUUGAAGAAACACAAAUCUUCCAGAUGCAGCAGUCAUCAGUUAAACCACCAUGUGACCUGGGGGCACCUGCCUCAUCCUGCAGGGACACCUGUAGCUCCUGUUUGCCCCUUCAUGCGCUGCAAUCUCAUGCCGCUCACAACUCCCAUGCUCAUUCCUGCAACAUCAACGACUGGGGCAUUUGUGAAGAACUUUGCCUGCGGGAACUGGAGGAGGUCAAGGCCAGAGCUGCUCAGAUGGAGAAGACCAUGCGAUGGUGGUCAGACUGCACGGCCAACUGGAGAGAAAAGUGGAGUAAAGUUCGAGCUGAAAGGAACAGCGCCAGGGAGGAAGGAAGACAACUCAGAAUAAAAUUAGAGAUGACCAUGAAGGAAUUGAGUGCCUUGAAAAAAAAGCAAAGUUUGUCACAUCAAAAAGAAGUCUUGGAAGCUAGAGUCACCCAGGACCGGAAGCUUCCUAGUUUCAUAGAAGUGUCCUAUGCACAGAGAGACCCCUUUCAAAUUGGUUCCAAAACGUGUGAGUCCAUCAGAGAGUGCUUGGGAAAGAGAGAAUAUCCUACCAAGGAGAACAUAAAUAGUAAGGAAGAAGGUUUGAUUAUUGACCCAUUAAAAUUAAAUGAAGAGGUGAAACUCAAUCUCGAUUGUCCUGAUUUAUUCAAGAAUGGUGGUUCUGAAAACCGUACAGUGAGACCUGGAUUAAGACUGCAGGCAAUAAAUCUGCCUCUGGAGAAUGGAGUUCCUGAAAUUUCAGCUUUGCAGGUGAAUUUGGAUGAGUUCCAAAAAAUCUUAUGGAAAGAAAGAGAAAUGCGCUUAUCUUUGGAAAAAGAAAUAGAACGGCUGGAGUCAGCUUUGUCUGUGUGGAAAUGGAAGUAUGAAGAACUGAAAGAAUCAAAGGCAAAAAGUCUGAAAGAGUUUGACAUUCUUCAUGGUCAACAUAAAAAUAAAAUGGAAGAAAUAUCAGGAGAUAUAAAGGAAGGAUCGAAAUCUAAAAAUAGCAGUGACAGAGUGAUCUAUGAGUUAAGAGCAGAGCUAGAGAGAUUGCAGGCUGAAAAUACAUCCGAGUGGGACAAGAGGGAGAUACUUGAAACAGAAAAACUAGGACUGGAAAGAGAAAAUAGAAGGCUAAAGUUCCAAGUGAAAGACAUGGAAGAGCUCCUGGAUAGGAAAAAUAGAUUAAUUGCAAACUCUCCAGGUCCUGAUUUCAAGAAAUCACAAAUUGAACUACAGGAAAAAAACAAGGAACUGUUGGACCUUCAACAUGCCUACCAUAAACUAAGCAGGCAGCACCAGGCAAAGACGGCAGAAAUGACCCACGUCAACAACCUCAUGGAUCAAAAUGAGGCCGAAGUGAAGAAACUGAGAUUUCAAGUAGAAGAACUAAAAUGGGGACUCAACCAAAAGGAAAAUAAGCUUGAUGAUUUCCUGAAUCAGAUCCAUAAGCUCCAGAGAUCUUUGGAUGAACAGAAAGAAACAAAUGAAAACUUGGAACUUAAACUCAGGCACUUACAAAACUGGUAAUUAUUUCACAAAAUAUGUCAAAUUCAAGAUCAAGAUCUUAGGGAAAUCUUGAUGUCCUUUUUUCCUCAUUUUCUUAACAAAAAUAAUGUUAUAGAUAUUUAACUAGAAAUAUUAAAAGAAACUUACAGGCACUCAGUACUUAAAUUUAUGGGCUUCUUGGCUCUUAUUGUUUUUUCCCCCCAAUAAAUGUUACAUGUUAUGAUAAAGACAAUUUAAAUAUCAUUUAAAAGCAACUCUAGUUCUAAAGGUGUAAAAUUUCUGAAAGGCAAAAGGAGCUUUCAGAAUACAUUUCACAAACUGAAAGGGUUAUAAUACCUGCAAGAAAACAGAAGUUGUAAACCAUACAGAUCGCUGGGUAGUUGAUAAGAGAAUCACUGUACUUAAGAAAAAGUAAUGGUUUAAGUAAUUGAUAGACAUUAAACACAUAUUCACAAUCUAUGUGGUAAGGGUGGCGUGUUGUGUGAAAAAUGUUUUUACCCCAGAGAGGUAACAAUAAAUUUGGUAUAAUUCUUCAUACAAGGCAAAAGUGGACAGAGGUGUCAAACGCUAUGAUUUGCACUAGAAAGAGACUGAAGGAGCAAAGCUAAGAUUUGCACUCCAAUUGAUAUGAAUACUCUCAAAGUAAUAGAUCACCUGUGACUGAAGUUAAGGAAAAGCAACAAGCACCUCAGAAACUAAGGGCUUUUGACUUUUAACUGGAUAGACAUUUUGCAGGAAAGUCAUAGAAGAGCCCUCCAGCACUGGCAAGUACAAUAGUAUCUAGAAAUAAAUCAGGUGGAAAUAAAGCUAUGAUUUCCUUCGAGUUGGAUGAAACAAAAGCAAAGUAUAAAACUGUACAUAGAGGAAUAUUUGAGACCUUUUUAUAUAGUAUAGUUUACUGCUUCAUAUUUACGUUUAGAUAAAGAAAUUUACCUUAAGAAGAGACCCUAUAUAAUCCUACU